AUGACUCGUAUACGGGUUACCGGACAACAUAGCCAGGUAGCUCCUUUGUCAUCGGGGACUUACUCAGCUUCUGGACAGAGUGGUGGUGCUGGAGGUCCCGUAAGUCCAAUUACGAUCGGAGAAGCACUUGAAGCAACCGCUCUUACAGCAGGGAAGAAGCCGGUAGAUUGGAGUGAUGCAGCCGCAAUACAGGCGAACGCAACGGAGAAGUUGCAAUCAGAUAAGGCAGCAACAAAAGGUGACGCAGAAGGGGUGAAGGUUGCAGAGAUGAGUAAUGAUCCAACGCUCACUACACAUCCGGCGGGUGUGGCAGCUACUGUGGCCACAGCUGCUAGGCUCAACGACAAGAUUGCCAAAUGA